CGCCGCGCUCAGCCUAGGGCCGCAUGGGCGCCGGCGCAGUGCGCAGGCGCCGCGCCGCGCACUCUGGGAGUCGAAGUCUUUCCCGGGCUUCCAGACUGUUCCGCCCGACACGCCCGGGGCUCAGUACCGGGGAUUGAACUCCAGACCUUGCUCUUGUGAGGCAGGGGCGGCACCACUGAGCUAAAUCCCCAGCCCCCUUUCUUUAUUUCUUUGACACAAACUGCUGAAUUGCCCAGCCGAACUCGAACUUGAAACCCUCCUGACUUAGCCUCCCAGAAUGCUAGGAUGACAGAUCUGCGCCACCGCGCCGGCUACUUCUGAUCUUUCUUGGUGGCCAAGACAGUCACGACUGCUGUUCUCUGGGGAACAGAGCGUCUCUUAGGCGCCCUCGAGGACGCCUCUCCAUCCAAGCUCAAGGGCUGAAGCCCAGCCCUGGAGUCGCCCUACUGGACCCACCCCAGCCCUUAGCCCCGCAACGCCCCGCGACCCUGGCCCCUCGAGGGUGGACGGAGAUUUAAAGGCAGUGAACCUGCUGGGCGCGGAGGAGCUCGCAGGUCCCUGCAGCGCUCAGGGCGGAUCGCCGAACUUGAGCCCGGCCCUGACAACUUAGUGACUUAGCGAGUCUCAAAAUGGAAAAACGGAGAGGUCUGGAGAGGGCACGGUGCGAAGGCCCUGGGCUCAGUCCUCAGUACUGAGGAGCAACUACGCAGCGAACGGCGCUCCACGACUUGCUGGUGACGCGGGGUGCUGGCCUGAGGACACUCGGCUUCUCCUCUUGCGCACCUUGUGUACAGGGGGCGGGAGGGUGGGGCGGGCUCCUCCACACGCACUGAGCCCAGGAGCGGCGCCCCGGCCGCGACUGGCACGAAGAUGGCAACUCGGGCGCCUGGACCAGAUCCGGACCCGAGCGGGGCGACGUCCUCCCCUCCGGCGUCCCGCAGCCCUGUGCCCUUCCCCAGCCCGGCCCUCCGUGCGCCCCACCCCGCGGGUGACCCCGUCGGGGGUAGGUCCUCGCCCGGCGCGUGUGGGCGGGGCAAGUGCGAGAGGCCCUGCCUCCUGCCGCCGUCCAGGACCUGCCCCUCGCUCCGCACCUGUCUCCGCGCUCCCGCCCACGGUUGCACCCUCAGAUGCGGUGCACCAGGAGCCGCGUCUCCAACGACCGCGGGGUGGCGUCCCCUGGCCCCAGCGCGGCGCUCCCAGAGCCAGACCCGGGGACCACGCUGCCGGUGGGGCUGCUGACGGACACCUCGGCGGCCGAGCAGGACAGCGACCGCGCCCAGGGCUUCCAGGUGAAGAUGGACGCGCACAGCUUCGGCCCGGAGGAGCUGCUCCUGCGGGUGGACGGGCACAGCCUGGUGGCUGGCCAGCGGCUGGAGGAGCACUGUGAUCCUCGCGGGAGCAGCUACCGCCUGAAGCAGGUGUACCGGCAGAUGCAGCUACCUGGGCACCUGGAACCCGCCGCUGCCACCUGCUCCCUCACGCCCUCCGGCCAGCUGUGGGUUCGAGGACCAUGCAGGCCACUGCCUCUGCCUGAAGCCCCACCCGACCCAUUCCCAAGCCUCCCGAGCCAGGGCUCUAAGAAGGGCCCCCGCCCGGACUGAGCCAGUAAACCACCCCGCAC